CGCACUAUUAAUGAUUUAUAUUUAAUGUAAAAUUACGGAAAUUUUAAGUUCAAUGAGUUUAUCGGUAUUAUUGAUAUCGUCGAAGCCCUGUUAUCGUCGGGGAUGAAAUUGCGUGCGAUAUUUUUUCUUUGGAUAUGCACCGUAAAGCAGAUUUUUUGCAGGGAAUGACAACGGAGCCGCUUGCACGUUCGUCAUGUUCCCAAAUCUUUAGCGUCCGCCAAAGGGAGUAUUAAAUGAAGACGUCAUCGACGCAUGUCAAUUUUCUGAAGGCCGGCUAUGUUCUGUCUUCCUAUAUCAACAAAACAUUGUACCUUUCCACCUAUAUUUACAUCACAAAAAAAAAUGUUUUGAUGGGUAAAAAUUUAUUUUUAAGUAACUAGCCACUAAAUUAACCAAAAUUGCACCAAAGAAGUUCGAAAGCACGUCAUAAUAAUGGAAGGGGAAACAACGCACAAUAUUGACAAACUUUUCGGGGAGUUGCUCGAUGCCAUUAAAUCUGGGAAUGAAAUUAAAGAAAAUGGGAUCACAAACAUAAUGAAAAUACUGGACUCUCUGAUUAACGUUAGCAAAACAUCUGUCGGAGAAACAUUAGAGUUUGCAAUUGAUGAUGUGUUCUUGACACUUCUCAAGCACGAGUCACCAUUAAUUGUUGCGAAAACUACUAGAGCGAUAGCCGAAAUCGCCAAGACCGAUAGAGGACGAGAAAAAUGUACAAAUCCAGAAUUGAUUAAGGCUUUAGUAGAGUUAUUGAAAGGAGAAUAUGAUAUUGACAUUCUGACACAAGCAUCUCGAGCUCUGGGAAAUAUUUGCUAUGAAAAUGACGUGGGAAAGACAUUGGUAGACCAGCAGAAUGGAUUAACAUACAUUUUAACAGCCCUGAAAAUGGGAAUAAGUUUGGCUGAUGGUGAUGGAGCUGCUGGAUUGAGAAAUGUUGCUGCUGGCUUUUUGCUGAACUUUCUUAUCAAUCAGACUGCCUUACAAAAGAAGGCCUUGGAUGAAAAUGUGCUGUCAGUUGUUUGCAGUAUUCUUGAAACUGAUGGUACCACAUCUGGCGAAGCUGCAACCCAUGCCAUGUUGAUAUUAGGAAUAUUAACCGAUUUGGGGCAAGAGGUUCUAGAUGAAAGAUUAACUAAAAUACUCGUUAAUAUAUUAGCAAGCGAUGCAUCACCAGAAUUAUCAGAAAUGUGCCUAGAGCUGUUACAUGGGCAGGCAGAAAAUGAAAGUACAAAAUUAUUACUAGCAAAAGCUGGUGUCUGUGAAUUACUGUUAAAACUGUUAGAAAAACAUGGACCACGCUGUACAGAUGAAGAGGCACGAUCGGUGUUGAAAGUCGCUUGUGAUUUAAUUGUCUUAAUCCUUACCGGAGAUGAUAGCAUGGAUGUUCUCUACAACGGUAGCAAUGGAGAAGUAUAUAAGAAGCUGGUCGACUGGUUGGAAAGUGAUGAUGAGGAUCUGCAACUUGCGGCUGUUCUCGCAAUGGGAAAUUUUGCCAGGAGUGAUACACAUUGCGAGCUCAUGGUUGCUCAAGGAGUACAUCGAAAAUUGUUGCGGCUUCUGAGCAAAAAUGAUAAUAGAAACUGCCCCAUAAGAUUACAACAUGCUUUGCUCAGCGCCCUCCGUAAUCUUGUCAUUCCUUCCAGUAACAAAGCACUAGUAUUAGCAGAUGGUCUCGUCGAUGUUGUUUAUCCUAUGUUAGAUAUUCCCACGUUUCCCGUAGUAUUCAAACUGCUGGGCACAUUAAGAAUGGUCAUCGAUGGGCAACAAGAGGCCGCGAUUUCCUUGGGUAAAAGAGAAGAUCUCAUUAAAAGAACGGUUGAAUGGUGUGGUACAGAGGAUCAUCCAGGAGUACAAGGUGAAGCCAAUCGUUUGUUAGCUUGGCUAAUCAAGAAUAGCAGAGAUAAAGAAGUCGCAUCGUUAAUUAUAAGUCACGGAGCAAUUAAACAUUUGAUCAAAAUGUUGACUGCUCAACAUGCUUUAAUGCAGAAUGAGGCAUUGCUAAGCUUGACUAUACUGACAGCGAUAAGCUUAGUGGAAUCUCAAACACCUGUGAUUGAAGCAGAGAUCGGACCGACAAUUCGCGAUUUUCUUGAUAAACAUGGUCCUCAGAUUGAGUCUCCCAUAAUUUAUAAUACCAUAGCAUUGACCGAUAACCUUGUAAAAUCAGAUGUGAUAAAAGAGCAUUUGAUAAAGUCGGCGUUGCCCGCGGCGUGGAAGAAACUGCUUAAAAUUCGUUCUGCAAACAUUCCCGACUUGAUGGAAAAAGUUAUGCCACUAUGCCUUUUGAUGGGCGCAGAAAUUGAUUAACUAAUGAAUACUGGUACGGGAAUUGAGGGGGUGCAGAUAAGGCUCCAACGAGUCUACAAUUCGCGACCGACUUUACGAAACGGGCGAUUGCACAAAAAUCGCGGAACAAACUUUAGUAGAAUCUUUAAAUCUCUUUACUCUAGUAAUUAUAUGAGUGUGUCUUACAAUUAUUACCCAGAGUUUUAUCUAAAGUUUCGAAUAAAUGUCUCUUUGAGUCUGCAUCCUCUUAAAGUUAGCAAAUUCAGGUAUAAAAAAAAAAAAGAAAAAUUAUGGAUCCACGUAAAGUGUUAUCUUUUCUGCCAUAACACGUGUUGAUAUUUCAUACGUGUUCGAAACGAUACGUAUGUUUUACGUAACGAUUACUGUUACCAGUAAAGUUUUAAACAUCUUUAAUACUUAAUUCAAUUAAUAAAAAGCAAAUAAAAAAAAAAAAAA